CGGACCGAUCAACCCCCGUCGUCAUCAAGCGAUCAACCGUCUUCCACGCCGCACGCGUCUUCCGAGGAAUCCUCUCCUCGUAGUCGCCCACCAUGGAAGACCGGAUCCAGUUCGAUAUCAAUGAAUCCCUCAAGUAUUACCUGAGCGACCCGACUUCUGUUCCGACUCCUGACGCCGACCCGGAACUGUUGGAUUGCGAGACCGACCCCGACAAUCUGUCAUCGACAUUGAUCGACCAUGUCUUAAAUACCAUUGUGGAUGGGGUAGCUGAAAGCCCCGAGGGACUGACUCGAUCAUCCUUCUUUGAUUCUCUCCAAUUCCUUCUCAAGUACUCCUCCUUUCUUCCUACGCGAUCUCUUAGCAAGCUCCUCGAUCUAGUCGUUUCCGGCUUGUCCGUCGAAGCGGACACUAUCCACGGAGAUCUCGAGUCCGACGAACAAGAUGGUAUUCAGCAUCACAAACAGCUCUUGGAGAUGUACGGUUUUCUUCUCCAAUGGGCUCUUUCAGCCGUUGAAGUCAAAGCGGCUGAGAAACCUGCGGAAGCUGCGCCUGCUCGAAGGGGUGGAGGGAAAUCAUCGAAAUCCAAGGCCAGCGCUAAAGAUGGACACUGGGAUUGGACUACCCAAAUUCAGAUAUCCAUGGAAACCAUGUGCAAAGUUAUGAAACUGAAACUGACCAGGAUAUUUCUAACAACAUCUGACCGCGACACUUUUAUCAAUCUGUUCACCCGCUCCAUUUACCUCAUCUUGGAGAGCGAACAGCGAGUGAAGAGUAUGGCCAUCAGGAUGCAUGCAUUCAAAGUUCUUUGCAUUGCAGUGAAGCAUCACGGACAUGCCUUUGGUGCCCAGACAUCUAUUGUGCAAAGCUUAACGUACUUCGAGCACCUAUCUGAGCCUAUGGCUGAAUUCUUGCACAUUCUUGCGGAGCAAUAUGAUUACCCGCAACUUUCUGAUGAAAUAUUGAAGGAACUUGGGAAUAAGGAGUUCAACUCGAACGAUACUAGAGGGCCCAAAUCGGUCUCUGCCUUCAUCGUCAAACUGUCGGAACUUGCUCCGCGUUUGAUAAUAAAGCAAAUGACUCUCCUCGCCAAGCAACUAGAUAGUGAAUCAUAUACCCUCCGCUGCGCCGUCGUUGAGGUGUGUGGUAAUCUUAUCUCUGACCUCAGUCGUCAGGAAGAGCGAAGCGACAACUACAAGACACAGAUAAAUGCAUUCUUCGACGUGUUAGAAGAGCGUUUUCUGGACAUCAAUCCUUACUGUCGAUGUCGAGCUAUCCAAGUGUACAUGAGGAUUUGUGACCUGGAACAAAAGUUCCCUAAGAGACGACAAGCCGUUUCAGAACUGGCAGCCAGAAGUCUUGAAGACAAGAGCAGCAACGUGCGACGUAACGCGAUUAAACUGCUGGCUAAACUAGUUUCCACUCAUCCCUUCAGCAUCAUGCACGGUGGACAGUUGUCGCACAAAGAGUGGACAGCUAGAUUGGACGCUGUUGACGCUGAACUCAAUGCCUUGAGACCCCCGGAAACCCCCGGUUUUGAAGGCGGAGAAACAUCGCAUGUUGACAGCGAAUUAUUGGAUGACGCCACGCAAAUGCCCGACGAUUCUCCAUCAAAAGCGACAGUCAUGACAGAUGAAGAGAAGGCCGCAGCUGUGAAAAGGGCCGCGGAGCAAGCGGCAACUUCUGAGCUGCUCGCGCGUCUUCAGCUGACCCGAAAAUACUACAAUGAAGCCCUUCGAUUCAUCGAGGUCCUCCACUCGGCUUCCGGGAUAGUCUCUCAGCUUCUGUCCUCGCGAAAUAAGAGCGAAGCUAUUGAAGCAAUGGACUUCUUUGUCGUGCUGGAUGCGUACAAGGUCGAAACAUCUCGUAACGGAAUUCGGCGGAUGCUCCGACUUAUUUGGACCAAAGGCAAUAGCGAUGAAGGCAAAGGUGUUCAAACGCAUCUAAUCGAUUGUUACAAAGGCCUGUUCUUCGAAGCACCCGACUCCUUUAGCCCCAACGAUGCUGCAAAUUAUAUCGCUCGAAACAUGAUCAGUUUGACUUUUGGUUCAACGCCUGCCGAGCUUACGUGUCUUGAGCAACUGCUCAGUACAAUGAUGAAGGCGGGCCACGUUUCAGAAGCCGUGAUAGCCAAAUUGUGGCAAGUCUAUGGUGUGCAGAAGAAGGAGAUAUCCAAAACACAACGACGCGGAGCGGUUAUUGUUCUUGGGAUGCUUGCCUUGGCCGAUCCGGAAGUUGUGGUCAAGGAGAUCGAGGCGAUGCUAAGGAUUGGUCUCGGGAACCUGGGACAGUCAGACCUAGUGCUCGCCAAAUACACCUGCAUUGCACUAAGGCGGAUGGUCCCAGGUCGCCAGGCUAAAACUAAAGAAACCGGCAUUCCCAAACUCGCCAAUGACCAUCCUGUUCUGACCAAACUUGCAGCGAUGGUCGAAACCGUGUCGGAAAGCCAAGAAUGGUACGGCGUUUCGGAACAGGCCAUUAGUGCCAUUUACACACUAUCCAAACAUCCCGAUGUCCUUUGCUCCGACAUUCUCAAACGGAAGACGAAGUUCGUGUUUAGGCCACAAUCGCAGCGUUCCGCGUCUAAGUCAUCUGCGGACGACGACGAACAACAACGCCCCGGAACAGCUUCUAGCGAGAAUCUGGAAUCAAGACAGAAGCCGACGUCAAUUGCAUUGUCUCAGUUGCUUUUCGUUGUUGGUCAUAUUGCGAUUAAGCAGAUAGUCCACCUGGAGCUAUGUGAACUCGACUUCAAGCGUCGCAAGGUUGAGCAGGAAAAGAAUAAAGCCGUCACCUCUGCGCCCCAGGACGGCGACGAGGCUGCGGAGAGUGAUGAAUUGGACCUCAUUGGUGGAACUACCGAAGAUGACUUCACCGAUGCCAUGGCGCAUAUUCGAGAGCGAGAGCUACUCUAUGGGGAGAAUUCGUUGCUGUCUAACUUUGGGCCUUUGGUCGCCGAGAUAUGUGCCAACAGCAAUACGUACCUCGACCCCAACCUUCAGGCAGCAGCAACUUUGUGCAUGGCGAAGUUGAUGUGCGUGUCGGCCGAGUAUUGCGAAAAGAAUCUGCCCCUCCUGAUCACCAUAAUGGAGCGCUCCGAAAACCCAAUUGUUCGCAGCAAUGCAGUUAUUGCGCUCGGUGACAUGGCGGUGUGCUUCAAUCAUUUAAUCGAUGAGAAUACAGACUUCCUGUACCGCCGAUUAAAUGACGACGAUGCCUCCGUCAAGCGCACCUGUUUGAUGACCCUCACGUUCCUGAUUUUGGCGGGCCAGGUCAAAGUCAAGGGUCAGCUGGGCGAGAUGGCCAAAUGCCUGGAGGAUGACGAUAAGAGAAUUGCCGACCUGGCACGCAUGUUCUUCACCGAACUGGCCAGCAAGGACAAUGCGGUGUAUAACCAUUUCGUCGACAUGUUCAGUCUGUUGAGUGCAGAACGCAACCUAGAAGAGGCCUCGUUGAGGCGUAUUGUUAAAUUCUUGAUUGGAUUCGUUGAAAAGGAGAAACAUGCCCGACAAUUAGCAGACAAGCUCGCCGCCCGACUCCCUCGAUGUGAGACCGAACGACAGUGGAACGAUGUGGCCUACGCAUUGUCUCUUCUUCCCCAUAAGAACGAGGACAUAACGAAGACAGUCACUGCAGGGUUCAACAAGGUUGUCUCGGCCAAUGCCUAGAAUGAAUGAUUACAUGGUUGUUUCUAGUUUUUAAUGGGUUGGGUGUCGGUUGCAGGCGCACGGUUGUCACAGGGCCGGUUUGAGGGCUUUCUUUUCUGUUCUUACGAAGCUUGGAACGAGACAUGUAUAAUGCUGGACUUCGGAUUGGUUUAUUGUAUCUACCCUUUUUUUAUCUUUAGGUUUAUGCUUUGUCAGGGCAUCGGCGUCGCCGCGGUUGCCCUCGCUCUCCAUGUUCU